AUGGCGUUUGCUGGGACAAAUAUUAGUUUGUCCCAGCCGGAUAUCACGCAGAAACUAACGGAGCGCAUAGAUGACCUGAACCAAAAAAUUGCUGCUUGGGGGAAGCGGAUUCGACGAUUUAGCGAGAAGUCAAGGCGAUUAAACCAAAAUCGUCUCUUCCAGAGUGAUCAGAAGAGGCUCUAUAAAUCAUUGGAGCGACCAGAGGUAUGUGGAGCGGGCCCAGGACCGGAUCAGGCUGACACUGUCGCAUUUUGGCGUGGCCUGUGGUCAGAGCCCGUAAACCACAGCGACGGCCCUUGGAUGGAAGUUGUGGCGAGCCAGAGUGCAAGUGUUACGCCUAUGGACCCCGUCACCAUAACGCCUGAAGACGUGGCUGAGGCGGUCCGUAGGGCCCCGAACUGGAAAAGUCCGGUGGCUCGACGGCCUGCAUCAUUACUGGCUGAAGGGGUUCGUAGUGUGUCACGCUGUGCUCGCCCGACAGUAUCAAGAGGCUCUCGAUCAGAAGUCGCCCCCGAGCCUCUUCACUACUGA